ACUCAAGAGUAGGGCUACAAAUGAGCCGAGCUUGCAAAGCUCGUUGGGGCACAUUUUUGUAAUUUAUUAUUGUAUUAAUUGUUGUAAUGUUUUUCAAUUUAAAAUAAUUAGUCUCUUUCAUUGGCUCUGAUACCAAAGUUGAAAUGAUUCUCAUAGAAUUUGAUACCAAAGUUGAAAUGAUUCUCGUAAAGAUGUUGACCGAAGAAUCUGAUACUAACAAAUUGAUAUAUGCAUGGUUUUUUCACGUAACUUUGCUUUCUUUAGUUUUUGUUCAUUCUUCAUGGAAGGAAAAAGUGGCAUGAUUACAACCAAUACAAUUUUGUAUUUUAUAAGGAUAUU